AUGACAACUGAAAUCAACCUCAUCACUGGCAAUGCCAAUAAGAUAGCCGAUAUCAAAGCUAUCCUCGCCCCGUCUGGAAUCACCGUUCGCAAUCAAUCUCUCGAUUUGCCCGAGAUACAAGGAUCGAUCGAAGAAAUCACAAUCGCAAAAUGUCGCACAGCCGCAGAAAUGGUCGGUGGUCCAGUCGUCGUGGAUGAUACAGCUCUUUGCUUCAAUGCGAUGAACGGCAUGCCAGGACCUUACAUAAAAUUCUUCCUGGAGGCCUUAGGACCCGAAAAGUUACAUCUCUUACUAGCCGGCUUCUCAGAUAAAACGGCUGAAGCAGUUGCGACGAUAGGAUACUGUCAAGGUCCUGGUCAUGAGCCUGUGCUGUUUCAGGGACGAAUUGACGGGACGAUCGUACCUGCGAGAGGCGUAAUGCGAUAUGGAUGGCAGACGUGCUUUCAGCCUCACGGGGGCGGUCUGACCUUAGCGGAGAUGUCAGAUGAGGAGAAGCAUAAGAUAUCACAUCUCGGCAUAGCUUUGCAAAAGUUUACUACAUGGCUGACUAUGAACCACGGUUGUGCUCAUGGCGAGGAGAAUGAUGGAAACCUAUGA